AUGGCCACCACCGCAGGAUCUCGCAACCAAACGAACGGUGUUCUCUCUGUCACGACUACCCAGAUACCGGGCAAUUCAUCCAAGCAAAAUGUUAUCAAGCCAGCAAGUUCCAAAAUGAAGCUUGUCGUUCGCAGAUUAGCUCCUGGACUUACUGAGGCGGAAUUCUUCUCUAUUCUCGGGGAUGACUGGAAAGCAGGGCAAGGAAAGGUCGAUUGGUUUCAAUACAAACCGGGAAAAGAUUCUAAAGACCCUUCCAAGCCAUCGCGACCUUCUCGAGCGUAUCUACAUUUGGCCAACAGUGACAAUCUCUUACCAUUCUCCGAAGCCGUGCGGAAAUCGAGUUUUGAAGAUGCAAAAAACACUUAUACGAAUUCUUGCCUCAUUGGACCACCCUCGGUUGAAUUUGCACCUUACAGUAGAGUCCCCGCAGGUCUCAAACGUCGUACGGAUGCUCGGGCAGGAACAAUUGAUCAGGACUCGGAAUUCAUGGCAUUCCUGGAAGGAUUAGCUAAUCCGAUCACCACAAAAGAGGCUGGUGCAGAUGGCGAGGAUAUUCCAACAGGAAAGGCUGAAAAAGUCACUGUAACUCCUUUGGUUCAAUUUCUGAAAGAUAAGAAGGCCAACAAAACGAAGGAAUUAGCAGCCAAGGCAGCAAAGAAACAAGAAACCUCAAAGUUCAAGGGCAAGGAAGGAUCGAGUUCUACAGAUGAUGGAAGAAAGUCUAAUAAGGAUUCUAAACCCGACAAGGUCGCGGCUACGCAAGAAGCUGUCAGGAUUUUGAAUAGAGAGGCUGCCAAAAAAACAGUGGCUACAUCCUCUUCAUCAUUGACCUCCGCGGCUGCUUCAACAAGUACUGAAAAUAAUGUCCCCAAGCUUGACACAUCCAAAAUCCCUGCAAGUGAAAGACAGGCUGUUGUCGCUGCUCAUGUUCGCAUGCUACGACGUCAUCUCGGACUCAAUCCUUCACAGGCGCAUCGUCGUAUCAAACGAGAUACAGCUAGUGCAGUGAAAGCCGAAGCUUCUGAAAAGCCCACCACCACUCCUAAUAAUACAUCAUCUUCUCAAUCUACUCCUACAACGCCUACCGGCCCCAAAAUAACUCCUGUCCAGCCUAGUGCUCAAUCAGGUAGCCGAAGAGCUAGAAGAGGUAAUCAAAAUAAUGUCAUCGAGCCGUCUGCGAACAAAGCGCCCACAAUCGCUGCUACGGUCCCAGCGCCACCAAUGGUCCUGCUUAGAAAACCCGACACACAACAGCGGGCUCAACAACGACCGAGUACCGCUAAUUCUCAAUCUUCAUUUGCACCUCAAGUCGCCCCGAAAGUUGCUCCUAAAGUCACCCCUGCAGCUCCAACUACGACAUCACCUCAACAGGCUACUCCAAACCGAGGAUCAAAAGCUCAAGUAGAUGUUCCAUCAAAAGGUGCCCGACAAGCGUUUAUCAAACAUGCCAACCCAUCUCAAGGUGUAACUGAACCACUGUUAAAAGAAGCAUUGGAGAAAUUCGGCAAAGUUUCCAUGGUUGAGAUCGAUAAGAAGAAAGGUUUUGCAUAUGCCGAUUUUGAAGACCCAGAAGGUUUGAAGAAAGCCAUGGCUGCGAAUCCCGUUGCCGUCGCUCAGGGUACUGUUCACGUCAUGCAACGAAAGGGAAAUCAGCUACCGCGUGCUGGUCCAGCUCCUAGAGCGCCUCCUCUGCCGCCUGCAAAUCCAGCUUUACGUGGCGGCAGAGGUGGAGUUAUAGGCAGGAGAGGUGGUAGAAAUGUUGGUGGAAGAGGUCGCGUGGAUGCUCCAGCUACGGACUCCUCAAAACCUGCUCCAGCCACUCCUACAGGACCAGCUCCAAAGUGA